AUGCUCGGCCAGUCGCCUCAUCUGAUUGGGGGUAUCCAGUGGAUUCAGAACCCUAUGCGAGCUGUCCACUGCAAUCUGAGCCAGAACGGCAUCAACCAUCAGGCGUGUGCCGACGACGCCACCUCACACCUGGACGAGGAGUCUGUCGACCAGGGCGCCGGACUGGAGGAUGAAAGUCCAUGCUUCCAGGACCAGAGUCCCGGUUUCCAUCGGCGAUCGCCGCCCCAGCGCUCCGUUUCAGAGUCAGAGCUGUCAAAGCCGGGGCACGUGAAGCUGUCCAAACCAGUGGCCCUCUGGUCCCAGCACGACGUGUGUAAGUGGCUGAAGAAGAACUGCCCCAAUCAGCACCAGAUCUACAGCGACUCAUUCAAACAGCAUGACAUCACAGGUAGGGCUCUUAUGAGAUUGACUGACAGGAAGUUGGAGCGAAUGGGCAUCAUGCAGGAAAGCCAGAGACAGCACAUUCUUCAGCAGGUUCUGCAACUGCGUGUACGAGAAGAGGUUCGCACACUGCAGCUUCUCACGCAAGGAAUUUACCUUCACACCAAGAUCCUCCUUCUGCAGCAUUUGCCUGGUAGAGGAGUAAAAGGGGAGAAGGAGGGGUUGUUCUCCUGCCAUGCCGGUUUACUCUCCUCCAUGCUGGCAUGUGGAGAGAGCGUAGUGACAGCAUACUUAGCGUUCCUCCUCCCCUCCUUUACUGUGACGACCAUGAAAAUCGACAACUUACCAAAGUAG